AUGGGAGGGGUACUGUUCACGGACACCUCACGGAGGGACACCUCGGACAGAUACGGAGCCCCCUUGCACCAAAAGCGAAGGGUGGAACCGCCACCGCUGCAGAAACUCGUCGCCGCCGAGUGCAAAGAGUUCUUGUUGCAAGCUAUUAGUCACGAGAAUACGCAGUUGACGUACCAGCAGGAAAACGGGGAUGUUCCGCCGCCGUAUGGACUUUGUAUGGGGAAAUGGUACGAAAAGAGACGCCGGCAAGCCUGGAUCUCCGCUGUUCGUCGCAAGAACCCAGAUGGAUCCCCAUGGAAUCCACAGAAGUGGACAUUGAUCUGCAGCCGGCACUUCGUCGGCAACGCAGUGAGCAACGUGGAGGCCGAUCCCGCCUACAUACCUACCAUAUUCCCGGCGGUGUACAGGAAGAAAGCCCCCAAUGGCAAAAGGCACAAACGGUGGGCGAGACGUCAGAAGCAGGAAGGAAACAACUGCACUCCGGACAGCUGUGUGGAGAUGCCUAGCGAUGACGACUGCCCUGAAGUGGACAACACUACUAUUGCACCAUGCCAGACCCCCGAAGCACGAGACCAAGAUGACAAUUCUGCAAUGGACAUCGAUCACGGGCUAGAGCUGCUUGCAAGCGUAGCAGCGGAAGCGCAUUCCGUAACACAACAUGUGAACAUGGAAACGCAGACAGAUGGGCCACUGCCAAGUGGGCAGCUGAAGAUACUGCUGUCUGCUACAGAUGGCUCCAUUGGUACGAGUCAAGUUACCCACUGCGACAAGGGAGAGGCACCACGCCAAACCAAAAGGUGGAGAAGAACAUGCGCAUUCAAAGGGUUUGAUACAUUACGGAAAUGUGAGAAGGCUCUGCAUGACCUCUGUGGUGUAUCAAUGGCAGUAUUUGCCCUGCUGCUUAGCCUUCUCCCAGACCAGCGACAGCGUGCUGCAGAUGUGACAAAGGAGGACAGACUGGUCCUCAUGCUAAUGAAACUCAAGCUAGGGAUCAGAUUAACAGCGCUUGCCGCACUCUUCGGGAUCAACAAGUCAACUGCAGCACACAUCUUCCGCCAGACCUUGGAUCAUCUGAGUAUUAAGCUGGAGCAGUGGGUCUUCGUCCCUCCCAGAGCUACCAUCAAGGACACUAUGCCCCCAUGCUUUACAAGGAACUACCCCGAAUGUACCUUUAUUAUAGAUUGCACGGAAGUGAAGACCCAAACCCCGUCCAAACCUGAACAGCAGCACUAUUUAUACUCCAACUAUAAAGGUUGCUAUACCCUGAAGUGGCUGGUGGGAAUUAUUCCCAAUGGAAUGAUCGCCUUUAUUUCGGAGCCAUACGGCGGAAGGCACUCCGAUUCUUAUAUCACAAGAAACUCCAGAUUUCUCACGCACGUGCUGCCAGGUGACCUAGCCCUUAGUGACAAGGGAUUCCCAUCAAUUGCUACCACGAUGAAAGAACAUGGUGCUGUCCUUGUGAUGCCACCAUUUAACACCGGAGGAGGGCAGCUUUCCGUGGAAGACAUGCGGUCAACAUUGAUAAUUGCCCAAGUGCGGAUACAUGUUGAGCGUGUGAUCCAGAGGCUGAAGAUCUACCAAGUGUUAAGCAACUGCAUACCCCUGUCUCUUAUACCGCACAUGGAUAAAGUCAUGAAAGUUUGUGCAGCCCUUGUUAAUCUGCAAAGCCCAAUUAUCAAAACUCACUAG